UUCGAUCUCAACAAGUGUGUAACGAAACUAGGAUUUGUAAUUGUUUGAAGGCGACAAAGUGCAGAAUGCGAAUGUUUAUCAUACCCUGCUGCCUAGCGUUGCUGGCAGCACUGGCAGCUGCCGAAACUAGCACUGCUAAGGCGCAAACACAGAAACGAACUACCACCGUAGAGCAGUCACCCGCAAAGCAGCAUGGAAAACGGGAGCUACCAAACGCCGAAUGGAAUCCGGCUCCACAGUAUGAGGAGGAAGGCUCGACCGGACACGACUAUCACAGCUACCAACCGCAGUACCAUGCCGAAGCUCUCACUCACAGCCAGCAAGUGCCGGCAGAUGACUAUCAACCGCAGGCUCAACAUCACGAGAUACAGUUCCAUGAGUAUCAGGCUCAGGCUCAGCACUACCAGCCCCAAACUCACAGCUACCAUCAUGAGCCGCAAACUCACAGCUACCAUCAUGAGGAACCAAUCAAGACGAUAACAAUCGAAAAGAAAGUUCCGGUGCCAUACACGGUAGAAAAACACGUCCCGUAUACGGUAGAAAAGAAGGUUCCAUACCAUGUGCAGGUGCCAAUUCCCAGUCCUUAUGUUGUUGAGCAAAAAGUUCCAUACACCGUCAAAGAGUAUGUCAAAUACAACAAAUAUAUCCCAGAGCCCUACACGGUAUAUAAGAAGGUUCCCUAUGAAGUGAAGGUCCCAGUUGACAAGCCUUACAAGGUUGAAGUUCCUGUGCCAAAACCGUACUAUGUUGAGAAAAAGGUACCAUACGAAGUGAAGGUUCCGUACCCAGUUCCGUACACCGUCGAGAAGAAGAUCCCAUACGAAGUAAAGUAUGAAGUUCCGGUGCCCAAGCCAUACACCGUGGUACGAAAGGUCCCCUAUGAAGUGAAGGUCCCAGUCGACAAACCAUACAAGGUUGAAAUUGCGAAGCCCUAUGCUGUUGAGUUCAAAAAACCAUAUCCAGUGUUCGUGGAAAAGAAGGUCCCUUACGAAGUCAAGGUCCCGGUUGAUAAACCAUACCACGUUGAGGUCCCCAGGCCGUACAAGGUUGAAGUUAAGGUGCCUGUACCAACCCCAUACACUGUCGAGAAGAAAUUCCCCUACACCGUCGAAAAGGCCGUACCCUACCAUGUGAAGGUUGAGAUCGAUCGUCCAGUGCCAGUGUACAAGGAGGUUAAGUUCGCUGUCACCAAGGAGGUCCCAGUGCCAGUCAAGGAGAAAGUAUACGUGCCAGUUCCUGUCCAGCCGGAACAUCAUCAGCACCACGAAGAACCGCAAUAUCUGCACCAGCAGACGCAGCAACACGAACAGCAUGCCCUACCUGAACCUCAGCAGCUGCAGCAACAACAACACCAUCCGCAGCAGCAGCAGCAGCAGCAGCAACAGCUUGCUCAAAGCCACGAUCAGCUGCACUUCCAGCAAGAGCAGCUGCAGCAUCUGCAGCAACAGCAUGAACAGCAUCAGCAACAUCAGCAGCAGCAACAGCAGCAGCAUCAUUAUGCUCAACACUAGGACUUUAGCCAAUACUGGCUCGCUGGCUUUGACCUGCAUAAACAGAGAUUUUCCUGCUUUGUGAUAGUAAUAGAUAAUCCAACGGUAGCUUAGUCGUUAAGUCACGAACGAAAAUGCUCGCUUAAAGCAGCCGCUCGCGCUCGCGCCAAAAAUCGAGAAUGCCUGAAAACGCUGAAACUUUAAGGAGGAUCUUGUUUUUCGCCCUUGGUCUUCGCCAGUUAGCGCAGAUGUUCUUAAAGUUCAGCCUUUUCUAGUCCAAUAAAAGAAAAUGCCACUUUGCUACGUUUGCCCAAACGAAGCUCUUGUUCGCGUUGUUGUGUAGUUAUGUAAUUUGAUUGAAAUACAUUGAUUUGU